AAACCAGAAUUAAACUUUCAGUACAAUACUGGAGCAUAUGAUGCAGCCCGACCACAUAUUUUUGAUUUUAUUGAAUUUAUAUCCGAUUUACAUGUGCUAACUGAAAUUAAGAAGAUCACCAAUUCUGAUAGCAUUGGUGGCGAUAUUAAAUCAUCGGUAGCGCAAAUUGUUGAUGUUGAAAUGAGCCGAUCAGGUGUACGUGAUUCGCGAACUGUGAAUCGUUAUCUGCCAUGGUUAACGUCACCGCCAUCUGUAACGCAAUCUACGCCAACUGCAUUUGCGGAUGCUGUAACAAACGUACGAUUACUUUCUUGGCUUUUACUUGGAGCACUUCAGGCUAAUCAACCAUGCCUACCAAUACCAAUUAGUUGCUCACAAUAUAUGGCUGAUUACAUUCAUUUUGUGCUUGCCGGUUUUGCUGAUCAGUCAAAGGAAUCAGUGGUUCAUAUGUCAGCACUUUUUCAUGCUUUUCAUUUAUGUCAAUUAUGGACGGUUUAUUGUGAACGAGCAGAGCUAACAUCAGAUGAUCCUCAACCUUCUUCAUUAGCAAAUAUUUUGGAUUUUUGGUCUCGGGUAACACCUGCCAUUUUGCAACUCUUGUCACAUUCCAAAGUGCUAGCUGAUAUGGUCAAUUUACAUUUUCUGAAUACAAUGCAAGCAUUGCGACAGUGUAGUUCGGCGGUACUUGGACAAUUAGGUGCUAUGUGGCAACCGAUUUUGACCGCUUAUCAUGCGCAAAUUCCCAGCAAAUUACGAUUAAAAUUAGACUCAUGCGAAAAUCAACCGUUGUUGAAUUCUGAACCGCUACAACAAUGGCUUAAAGGAGUGCGCUAUAAAAUUUCACAAAUUGAAUUGCAAACUUCUGCAGCAUCACCUUUCUAUAAUGUAUAG